UUGUUGUUGUUGUUGUUUUUGUUUCAUAACAUUUGUUGGUCAAAUGAAUGUUUGUUGUAUGUCCAAUUUCAGAGCCAAAUAAAUCCAGAAGCUCCAUCAGUAAACGAUCAACAUGGAGGUGUCAGCUCUGACCUUGACCUUGAUCUUGAUCUGCCUGGUCCUCCUACUGCUGCUCUACGUCUGCUACAUGUCCAGCACACACGGGAUCUUCCGGAAACUGGGCAUACCAGGACCCACGCCCUGGCCUGUGUUUGGAAACUUCGUGGCUGAAGCCAGGGCUGGUAUCAUUCACUAUCAUGACGACUUGUACUUUAGGUACAAACAUGAAAAGGUGUAUGGUUUCUACCGAGGCAAGUUGCCCAUCCUGACAAUACGCGAUCUGGACAUGAUCAGAGACAUCUGCGUGAAGCACUUCAAUUGCUUCGUCAACAGAACGACCUUCAGUAAUGAUGAACCUUUCAAGAACGGGCUCACAGAAGCACAAGGUAGGAGUGAAACAUUGCUGGAGUGCCACUGUGUAGUUGGAAAACAUGAACAUUGGAAAACCAUCCGCACCACCAUCAGCCCAACGUUCAACACCGUCUGGCUAAGGCGGAUGUACGGACACAUUGAGAGCAGCACCAGACGUCUGUUGGAUCACUUGAAGAAGAAACAGGAGAGGAACGAGCCGGUGGAGCUGAAGGAGGUCCUGUCUCACUUCAACAUAGACGUCAUCGCCAGCACGGGCUUCGGCGUGCACACCAACUCUCUCGAGAACCCGAAUAACCAGUUCGUCAAAGAAGCUGAGAGAAUCAUGCGCAGCAUAGGGCGAAUCUUUUUUAUCAGCACUUUCUUAGAUUUCAUGAAGCCUGUCCUGACGUUUCUCGGAAUAUCGAGCUUACCUCGAGCGUCCCUGGACUUUUUCUCUCGCUUCGUCGACGUGGCCAUUCAGGAGAGAAAGCACGAGGGCCCUGGGGCGGGUUCGAAGAGGCACGACUUUCUCCAGCUGAUGAUGGAGGCGGAAGAAGACAAGCCAGGAGAGGAAAACGACAACAUGACAGAGGAAGAGGCAAGGGCGCUCAACACUCACAGAAGAAGCAAGCCAGGGCUCAGCCUGGGCGACAUGCAGGAUGAAAUGACAGAUGAUGAUGAUGAUGAUGAUGAUGAUGAUGAUGAUGAUGAUGAUGAUGAUGAUGGUUGUGGUCGUGAUGGUGGUACAAUGAAGGAGAUUGACCAACCCUGCAGGAACAGAUCACCCCUGUAUCGUACAUUCUUUCACCAGGGACAAGCCAUCCUCUUCACCAUGGCCGGCUACGAGACGGUGACGAAUGUCAUGACCUUCACCUUGUUCCUCCUGGCCAUGAACCCAGAGUGUCUCCACAAGGCACAGGCGGAAGUGGACGAAGUUCUGGGCGGAAAGUUCCCGGAUUACGACGACAUACAGUCUCUGAAGUACUUGGAUAUGUGUCUCAAUGAAGCAAUCAGGAUGUUUCCGCCUGGGUUCAUGAUUGACCGCAAAUGCAACGCCGAUGUUGAAAUACAGGGGGUUCGAAUACCGAAAGGGGUGACUGUUUUAUUUCCAAUGUGUGUUAUUCACCGAGAUCCAGAGAUCUGGUCAGAGCCAGACAAGUUCAUGCCGGAAAGAUUCACCCCAGAGAACAAGUCAAAAAGACAUCCUUACGCGCACCUGCCUUUUGGACAGGGUCCCCGCAACUGUGUCGGAAUGAGACUGGGCCUGCUGGAGACAAAAGUUGCAGUGGCGGCCAUCUUGCAGAAGUUCAGCCUAUUCCGCUGUCAACAGUCAAAGUACCCCGUGGUUCUCGAGCAGUUUCGGAUGGCGGCUAAGUACGGUGCCUGGGUCAAACUGGAAGCUCGGACAUAA